AUGAAGAUCCUGCAAGUUGGGCCCCAUUUCCUCACCAACCAGGAGGUCUACGCAAUCAUCAAGCAAGAGCUCCCGGAUCUCAUUCGCAGGAGGGAUCGCUUGGAUCAGCACCUCACCUUGCGUGACCAGAGGGAAGGUCUCCAACGACAACUCGACUCAGAUAAGCAGUUGCUGAACUACUUGGAGACUUGCUAUCCAGGUAUCCAAGCCAAACGUGCCGCCAUUGAUGAGUUUUUGGCAGGUAUAGCUGAUUUGGAGCUGUCGGAUGACGAAGUGCUGCAGAGCUUUGACACAUCCUGUGGGCUGGGCACAAAUCUCGUGUGA